CAAAACAUGGCUUAUGUAUAAAUCAUUUUAAUCCGAAACAUGUUAUGAAAGAAAGUAUACGCGCAGGAUACGAGCUUCAGUCUACACGUUUACGACAUGGGACUGUUCCUUCUAUUUUUUCUUGGCAGAGUAAAUUUCAGGAACAUGUUAAUGUGAAAGAAAAAGAAAAUGAGAGGGAUAAUACAGAAGACUUUACACCAGUCAUAUCUGAAGCGUCAAACAAUGUACAAGAUGAUAGUCUCCAGCAAGGUCAAAAUUCUGAUACAACUGGAUUUUUCACGGAUAAAAAUGUAUCAACGCCUUUAAAUGAAGAAACUCAUAUUUCAGUGGAAGUUUAUAAUUAUGCUGAAAUGGAGCUUUUGACAAGCAAUAUAAAUGUUUAUGAAGAAA